AUGCAGAACGAAAACGCAGGAAGGUGUAUUAAAUAUUCUUUGUCAUGGUUUCAUUCGGAACUUUUUACAUCGGACAACGGAUAAUGUUGUUGGACUUACAAGUCAUUUCCUUAUUUCCCUAGUAGACAUGGGCCUCUCGGAAAUUCGAAUUUAACCAGCAACGCCAAAGCAUUCGAACACAUUUCCUUGGCUGAGCUUCAUGAUGAUGUCGACAUUGAGUGCCCCAUACACAAGUAUGCAGUUACUGACAACUUAUGGAGUGACCUGUACAAACGAGAGGAUUCCUAUGACUUUCUGGAUACACUUGACAUUCUGAUGGGUGUAUAUAAAGUUACAUAUCAAGGAGCUGACCUGGUUCAAAACCCUCUGGAUACAUCUCUGUCAGAAACCACACCUACAGAUGUACAACCCCUAAAUUUCAAAGCUACAAUAAUGGUUUUUCGCAACCUUCACCCAAGAUCUGGUAAAAGCGAGACAACCCCUCUUGGCAGUGCGGAUAAUAAAUGGAGAAAACAGUGCCAGGCGGCUUUGAAACCUACAGAUCCAUCACGUCAUCAUUUUGGUGGUCGUUUCAAAGUUCACCUUGCAGUAGCUGCAACAUCUGACAGAUGUUAUCACCUCAUCCUUGAGAUCAUGGAUUUAUUCAGCCUUGGUAAACGAAAGGAGCAGAAACAUACAAAAGUGAACACAUGUCUUUUCUUGGAGACUGUUUCUUUCAAAGAUGAGGCAACCCUUUACAGACGGUUGACAGAAUUCAGAAACAGUUAAAUCUCCAAAGAAGAAUUCAAUCUUCAACUGAAACAGAUU